UCAACUAUUGAGCAGCCCUACUACUUUCCGAGCACGAGCAGCUGACAAGCAACCCCACAGCGGUACUGAGUACACUUGCAUCCCAUAAGGGUUGCUUCAACUCAGCAAGAGUUUGCAAAUCAUCUCGAGAUCGGACUCGGACCACCUGCAACCCAAUAAAUUCGCUGCAGACACACCCCGCAAUGGAGGACCAACUGCGAGAGCUCCUUCCUUUCCUGCACGACCGCAGCCCACAAGUCCGCCAGAUUGCGCUCUCCAACCUGCUCGGCCACACCGACGCCGAUUCUCCCUACCGCAAGAUAUUCCUGCCCAGUUCCGGCCUCAAGAAGACGCAGGACACCGACGCGAUCCGCGAUCUCAAGCUCCUGUGCCGAGAGCCUACAACAGUCGCGCACGACGCCUUCCGCGCGCUGGUCAACCUCUCGGACUCGCCGCUCCUCGCGCCCAGCCUCAGCGACACGCCUUUCCUCACCUUCCUCGUCUCCUACAUCCUUAACCCGCAGGCAGUCCUCGCCGACCUCGCCGCAAUGCUCCUCUCCAACCUCUCCGCCGCCCCCUCCGUCCAGUCCGCCCUGCUCGCCCUCGCCAUCCCCGUCAUCGCCGACUACCCCGUGCGCGGCGCGUACUACGCCGAGCAGUCGCGCUGCGGGAGCUGCCCCGCGCCCGAGCCGUAUCCUGCGGGGACGAAGCGCGAGGUGGAGGCGCUCCCGCUGCUGCUGGACGCGUUCGUGCUCAGCGCGCGCGUGCCGAGCAGGGAGGGCGAGCCCGGGAGCCAGCUCCAUUUCCUCGCGAGUGUGUUUGCCAAUCUGUCGCUGACCCCUCCCGGACGCCUGUUCUUCCUCACCCCGCGGCCGAAAGAGCCGAUGGGCACCUCGGAAGAUCUCGAGUACCCACUCGCGAAGCUGCUCGCGUUCACCGAGCACCCGGACACGAUCCGGCGCGGGGGCGUCGCGUCCACCAUCAAGAACUGCGCCUUCCACGCCCCCGCGCACCGCGCGCUGCUCGCGCCCGAAUCCGCGCGCGUCGCGGCCCCCCCGGGCGCCGCGGCGGCGCCCGGCAUGGACGCGCUGCCGUCCAUCCUCCUGCCGCUCGCCGGGCCGGAGGAGCUCGACCUCGAGGAGCAAGACCGCCUCCCGCCCGCGCUGCAGCUCCUCCCGCCCACGAAGACGCGCGAGCCCGACCCCGUGCUGCGGCGCACGCACGUCGAGACGCUGCUGCUCCUCUGCACCACGCGCUGGGGGCGCGACUUUCUGCGCGGGCACGGCGUGUACGAGGUGGUGCGGGCGAUGCAUUUGGCUGAGGGGGUGGAGAAGGUGGCGGAGGCGGUCGAGCGCCUCGUGGUGCUCCUCAAGGGCGUCGAAGGGCCCGAGACCGAGCGGGACGACGCGGGUUUGGAGGUAGAUACGGGGGCGAGUGCCGUACGCAAGGAGGAGGAGAGCGAUGAGGAUGAUAGAAUCGAAGAGGUGUGAACGCAGUGAGAUGAAUGGAACGGGUGAGGGCGAGAUGCGUGGUCGCCGGGAGUGAGAUGAAUUGUGAGUGGUUCAUCAGUCGGGUUCGGGCUCGGGUUGGGUGCAGGAGCGGGACUGGCCCUGGUAGGCAUUCAUCAAGUCUCCGGCCGUUUCACUAGAAUGAUCCGCCACGCGUCGUCCUCCGAGUCGCCGGGCCUCCGAAUAGCAGGGGACUCCAGCUACAUCAGCAGGCUGGUAUGUAUUCAACAUUUAAACCUGUAGCUCCUGGUUCUUGAUUGGAGGAUGGCGCAUUCACGGCGACUACAUGACGACCGGAGUCAUAUGGAGCUGAUAAUCUCGGUCAUGUACCUUGAGUUAUUAUGGUGAUGGGACGGUGUUUCCGAUGAUGACCGGCCCUUGUGCGCUUGUUUCUAGUCUGUCAGUGGUCCGUGAUUCAGGUCAAUGGGUG